GCAAUAUUUCUUCGCAUUGCAACGAGCGACUCGCCAUAUUGAUUUCACAUCCCAACAACGAAAUAAUAUUCAGCGCGUAAAAGAUUGAUUCAAGAUGCCAAACAGCACUGUUGGGUCGGUAGAAUCAGCCGGAUCUAAUGUAUCUAGAAAAUCAUGGACCAGACAAUAUCAUACUGUAAACAAGACUUCCACAGUGGAUGAAUCGUUAUUUGCCUCACCAAAGAAGACAAGACCUGGAGAAGAGAAUGCUUUUGCUGAAGCGCUGUCUGAGAGAUCCCGCAGGCGCAGUAGUGGUAAAAACUCGCCAGGUAAAUCUCAAGAACCAGAAAUGAUUCAGGUGAUCACAAAGGAUUUGAUCCGAAGACUAAGGGUUCCAAAGGAAGACCCUUCUGGAAGGACUAUAAUAUUAGAAGCUGGGGAAUUUCAACGAAUCAAGUCUGCCUCCCACGUUCCUACACAAACAGAAAGAGAAGCCGCUAUAGAAGAAUUGAAACAAAGGAAAGAAGCACUACAGAAUGCUUCAGAGGAACGUAAGAACUUUAUGCAGACCAUGGAGCUGAAACGAAAAGAGAAUGCUAAACCUUCUGACCUUGAACAGGAGGCCAUGAAGGAGAGUGGUACAUUACUAGAAAAGGCUAAUGAACAAAUGGAGGAACAAGAAGACGAAAUAAAGAAGCUGAAUGAGCUCAUUUUGAAUGCCAAGUGUCAUGCAAUCCGUGAUGCACAGCUCAUUGAAAAGGUUGAGAUCAAGAAGGAGCAGCUAGAGGAAGAAAAGCGACUUGAUGAAAUGAUGGAGGUGGAGCGACUCAAAGCUCUCAAAGAGUAUGAAGAGCGUGAGAAAGUAGCUCACUUUGAAAGGCUCAAAGGUGCCAAAGUUAUACAGCUACAGAUCACUGACAAUGAACAGAGUAGACUCCUGGAUGAGGAAAGGAAGGAUCAAGAAACUAAGGCAAUGUUGCAAUAUCUGGAAAAAUUGCAACAAGAGGAUAUGGAGAACUUAAUCAAAAAGAGAGAGACUCAAAGAGCUUUAAUGGUAGAUGUUGCUAAAGCAAAUGAGGAAAUCGCGCUGCUGAAGGAUCGCAAGGUAGAGCAGGAGAAACUUGAGGAAAUUAAGGUCAUGGAGUAUCUGAAACAGAAAGCGGAAAGAGAGGAGGCCUACCAGCGUGAACUAGAAAUUGCUAGAGUGGAAAAAGAGAAAGAAAUUGCACGUCUUCGUGCACAGCAAGAGAGAGCUAAAGACAAACAAGCAGAAAAGGAUGCUCUUAGAGCCAAAAGAAAUCAAGAGGAAGCUGAACGGGAAUGGAGAAAGAAAGAAAAAGAAGAGGCAGAGAAAAAGAAAAGGACAGAAGAGAUGUUGAGAGCUGCACGGGAAGACCAAGUGAAGAAUAAGGAACACUUCUUGGCUGUACAGGCUGCGAGAGACAGGGCUGAGUUUGAAAGAGUGUUAAAGGUACAAGAAGAACAGACGUUGAAAGACGAAGACGCUGACCGAAUCGAAGGUAUCCGUCGCCAUCAGCAUGCAGAAGAAGUGCGUCAACAAAUACGUGAAAAAGAGAAAGAACGCAUUAAGGCGACGAACGCUUUCUUUGAGGAAGGAAUCAAGCUGGACCAAGAAGCUAAAGCUAGGCGACAGAAAUUAGACGAAAUCAAAAGACGAAAACUUCAGGAGCUGAGAGAAGCUGGUGUUCCCGACAAGUACUGCAACGAGGUCGCGCGCAGAAUCGAGGCUCCGCCACCUUCAUUAUCCCGGAUGUACUGAAAAGACUUGAAAUAUUUCUCGAAUUCAAAGAAAGCGAAAAUGUUAGUCUUUGAAGAACAUAUAACGAUGACAGGGACUUUAUAUCGCUCUGAGUGUUAAAGACGUAAGAUAUCUUUGACAAUUGUCUUUAGGUUGCAAGGGACGGGGGAUUUGACAGUUUGGUGACAGCGAGCAAGUAAUUUAUUACCUUACUUGGUCGCUUAUAUCGUACAAUGUAAAUAUUUCAUUUUUUGAGAAGCUGUAUUUCACACCACAUCUACAAAGAGUAAUCUAUCAGACGAAUAAAAUGAAAAGUGUGAUAAAA